AUGGCCAACGAGUCACCGCCGGCCGCUCAAUCUCCCACAGCCAAGGGCGACGACAAGGUGCUGUCCCAAAGGACCUUCUCGGGCCAGGGAGAGGCGUCGCUGCUGGCCGCCACCUCUCAUGCCGCUGAGGUCUCCGGACUAAAGCAGAGUCUGGAGCGGGCCAAAGAAGAGCUCCGCCUUGUGAAAAGGCAGCUAGAGGACAAGCAAGGAAUGGCGACUGAGGUUGAAACCCUCAAGAAAGCACUGGACGAGGCCAAGGAGAGGGUGGCGAAGGAACAAGCCGUCCGGAAAAAGCAUGAGGCCAGGGUUGGGGAGGUCCAGCAGGAGCUCCAGGACGCUUUGAAGAAAUACGAGUCCCUGGAGCCCUCGCCCCCUCCCACCAAGAUCACGCAGGUCCCGGCGCCCCAAUACAGACCGGCGGGAGUCUUCGAGGACUACGUACGUAGCGGCGAUGGACCAUCGGCGACGACGCAGAAGCGCAAGUGCCCCGACAAGGAGGAGACGGCCGGCAUGUGCGCCAACGGCUGCGGCUUCUUCGGCGCCGCCGCCACGGGCAACAUGUGCUCCAAGUGCUACCUGGACCACGUCGUCAUCGGCACCGCUAACACCGUGGCCGCCUCGACGGGGCCUCCGGCGAAGAAGGCCAAGAUGAUCGUCGCCGUCCCGUCCUCUGAUGGUGCGGCCGCCUCCUCCACCGCCGCCGCGGCUGACUCCUCCGCGAGCUCCGUGAAGCAGCCGCCGGUGGCGGCGAACCAGUGCGCGACGUGCCGCAAGAAGGUGGGGCUGCUGGGGUUCCGAUGCCGUUGCGAGGGCACCUUCUGCAGCGUGCACCGCUACUCGGAGAAGCACGACUGUGGAUUCGACUACAAGACCGCCGGCCAGGAGCAGAUCGCCAAGCACAAUCCGGUCGUGGUUGCGGACAAGAUCACCCGAAGGAUCUGA